AAACUAAACUGUAGAUUAAUCAGUUUGGUUUUUUUUAAUUUUAGUAAAAAAAUUUAUAAAUUUUUUUAACUAUUUAUUUUUUUAUAGUUAGUAUUAUAGGCUAACUAUAAUAUUUGGGGAAAAAAUGUUAAAAAUAAAUCUAUUGUUUCUAACAGCUAUAACAUUGUUUGUUAUUAUCAACGAAAUCAAUGGUCAAAGAGCUGCAGUCAGUGAUGAGGAGACGGUAGAGGAGGUAGUGUUGGCUAAAAAGUUUAAAAUAAUAGUCAAACUAUUGUCGACAAUCCUAAGCCAAGAACAACAUACACAAGCAGUUCCACAACAACUACAACCAGGAUCUGAAAAUUGGCGACAAAGUAGUAAUAGUAGACAAAUAGGUGGUGGUGGUAGAGGAAGAAGUGGUGCGAAAAAAGAUAAAUUAUUAAAAUUUGGUAACAUUUUCGGCAACAAUGGUGGCGGCGGUGGCGGUAAUAUACUCAACGGUGUAAUCCAAGGUGGUGUAAGUGGUGGAGUGGCUGCACCACAAUUGGGUGCGAAUAUAGGUCAGGGAAUUGGCAGUGCUUUAGGUCCGGCGGGUCAAGCAGUGGGCAAUAUAUUGGGCACUGGAGUAGGAAUUUUAGCAUCGCCAUUUACUGCUUUAGGUGGAGCUGCAUUAGGCGGUUUUACUAAUCUGCUUGGUGGUGGUGGUGGUGGUGGAAAUGGUCUAUUAGGUGUUGGUGGUGGUGGUGGUGGUGGUAAUAACAAUGGCGGUUAUAACAAUGGUGGUAAUAACAAUGGCGGUUAUAACAAUGGUGGUAAUAAUGGCGGCAACAAUGGCGGUUAUAACAAUGGCGGUUAUAACAAUGGCGGUAACAAUGGCGGUUAUAACAAUGGCGGUAACAAUGGCGGUUAUAACAAUGGCGGUAGCAAUGGCGGUAACAAUGGCGGUUAUAGCAAUGGCGGUAGCAAUGGCGGUAGCAAUGGCGGUAGCAAUGGCGGUAGCAAUGGCGGUAGCAAUGGCGGUAGCAAUGGCGGUAGCAAUGGCGGUAGCAAUGGCGGUAGCAAUGGCGGUAGCAAUGGCGGUAACAAUGGCGGUUAUAACAAUGGCGGUAGCAAUGGCGGUAGCAAUGGCGGUAGCAAUGGCGGUAGCAAUGGCGGUAGCAAUGGCGGUAGCAAUGGCGGUAGCAAUGGCGGUAGCAAUGGCGGUAAUAACAAUGUCGGUAAUAAUAAUGGCGGUAAUGGACCUAAAAUAACACACCUUGAUGAACUUAAAAGACUUGCUGGCGAACUAACUGGCAAUAAUAAUUAUAAUAAUUAAUUAAUAAUUAAAUAAUAAAAUUUUAUAU